UGUCGGUUAAGCCAUAGCCAUCCUGGCCCUCCACUAAAUCUCAUCGCACAAUCCGCAACUUUCUGCCAAAAGAUACGGCCAUCACCAAGCACCAAACCUCGAUACAAUCCUGAUCGGCAGCCCAUUCCAUGGUGGAAAUCACAGGCAACAAUUUAGCCACAGGCCUUGGCCUCCCGAUGCAAAUUGCAGAGAAGAAAAGGUUAUCUGAAUCCAAUCAAGCCCCAUUCCAUGCUUUCACUUUACUGAAGAAGGCAUGAUAAAGGUUGGUCAGUGAACGGCCGCUCCCGGGCUAUAAAUACGGCCGUGGAGGGAGUGCUCAGAUUCCCCUUCUUCCCGCUCCUCCACUCUCUCAUCCUAAUCCUGAUAGUUUAUGGGUGGCUGCUCCUCCAUCCUAGGUCGAGACUUCUCUACCUCCCUGUACUGUCUCCCACUGCUGUACUAAACUAGUACUGCGGCCGGAGUUGCUGGACUGCCAGUACUGAUACUGACAGGUUGCGUCUACGCUGUAAUGUGACACUAUAUACCUCUCCUUGCCCUCGCCAUUAGUGACCACCAACACCAACACCAGCCACAGAACAGAACAUGGGAAUCCAAAGAGUUUGCUUCGUCGUUGCGCUGCUUUGUAUGUGCCUGAGAGAGGGAGGAGCUGUGACAUUCACGUUCCUGAACCGGUGCACGGGGACGGUGUGGCCGGGCAUCCUGUCCAACGCCGGGACGGCGAGGAUCGAGCCCACGGGCUUCGCGCUGCCGCCCGGCGCGGCGCGUGCUCUGCCGUUCCCGACCGGCUGGUCAGGCCGGCUGUGGGCGCGCACGGGCUGCGCGCAGGACGCGGCCGGGCGGUUCGCGUGCGCCACGGGCGACUGCGGCACGGGCACGCUGGAGUGCGCGGGACGGGACGGGGCGACGCCCGCGACGCUGGCCGAGUUCACGCUCGACGGCGGGGGCCACAACGACUUCUACGACGUGAGCCUCGUGGACGGCUACAACCUGCCCAUCCUGGUGGAGCCCGCGGGGAGCAGCGCCACCGGCACGACGUGCGCCGCGGCGGGCUGCUCCGCGGACCUGAACCUGCGGUGCCCCGCGGAGCUGCGGUCCGCGGGCGGCGGCGCGUGCCGGAGCGCGUGCGACGCGUUCGGCAAGCCGGAGUACUGCUGCAGCGGCGCGUUCGCCAACCCCAACACCUGCCACCCCACCGCCUACUCGCAGGCCUUCAAGCUGGCGUGCCCGCGCUCAUACAGCUACGCCUUCGACGACCCCACCAGCACCUUCACCUGCGCCGGCGGCCGCGACUACACCAUCACCUUCUGCCCCGUCGCCACCCCAAGCCUGAAAUCGGCGGGUGGGGCGACGGUGGUGCCGACGCCGACGAUGCCGGGCUCGACAGCGUUCGCGCCCCCGGUGAUGCCAAGGCAAGCAGGCGGCCAGGCCGACGGGCAGGGCGUGAUACUGGGGGACAACUCCUGGCUCGCCAACAUGGCCACCGGCGACAUGUCGGCGGCGACGCCGAGCAGGACGGCGAUGAUCCCGGCCGCGCCGCUCGCACUGCUCAUCCUCCGGCUGCUUCUAUAGCAUCAGAUCCAGAUCAUUAGAAGACAAGGACUCGCCAUAUCCAUCCAUCCAUCCAUCCAAACAAACCAAAAAAAUCAAAAACAGAGAAAUUUGGGUCAGAAGCCCAACAGAAGAACACACUGUUUGUUUGCAAGUCGGCACGGUCCACCGGAGCGAAAGCGCUCCCGUGCCGUUGCUGCCGCCGUCGGCUGUGGAGUGCACGGCGAGUGGGGAAUGAUUCGAUUUGACCAAGAUCGCCAUUGUAAAAUCCAUCCAUCCGUCUUUUUCAGUUUUCUCUUUCUAGUUUGCACGGUUGUGGAGUACUUACAAAGGAAAUAUACUACUAGUAGAAAAGAUUCUUACA